UAACAAUGAUCAGCCAGCCGGCAGUGGGCUCGGUGACCGUUAUUCCGCGUACGCCGGCUCAGAGAGCGGAACGGCUCAUGCAUUGAUCACUGCUAUCACUGGCCUUGCUACGCUAGUGUGUGGACCGUUAUUUCACACAAGACACUCGGUGAAUUGGAAGAGGGCCGGACUAACAGAGAAACCUCCGACCAUCGGGGCUUUCGGAACACUUUGACCUACCGUCGACUUGACUGUGAAUAAAUUCACUUAUAAUCACCUUGGAUAAAGUUUCCACCCACGCUUAGUUUUAUAGUCAUUUCGAGCUGUUGAAAACAAUUGUUUUUAUUUUAUUCGUGGAUAAAACUGAGUCACGCGCAGCAGAAUCAGAUGUUUUGUUAUUAGAAACUGAAACGACACAGAAUACACAAAGACUUUAAAUGAUAAGCCCACUACCGCUGCACGCAACUUCUGGAUUUUCUUGAGUUUGGUAUCUUCGCUGUCUUGGGAACUCUGCUAUCCUUGGAUUAUUGAGGCAGGAUUUAUACAUUUCUGGACUCCUUUUUGUGUGGUUCGUUGGUAAAUGUGUGCAAGAACGCAAGGAAUGCGCAAGUAUUAGUAUCGCCUGGAUGGAGUCAAGAUCUUCGGAUUACGCGUUGCCGUUACCUCGGACCGUGGCCGUAAGAAUGGGCGUGUGCCGGGCCUGCGCUCGGCUGGUGCUCGCGGCCGCUCUACUGCUGGGUCUCGUUUGUCUGCCGGUAGCUGGAGAUUCCAGUCAGCUCAUUGGUCCCCAGUUCGUCGCUGUUCCCCCUCCCCGUGUCGACUUUGCCCAUAACGGAGGCGCACAGCUGGUGUGCUCGGCCUACGGGGAACCAGCGCCCACUAUCCAAUGGGUUCUAGCGGCCGACGACAGCCCGGUGGAGGAGGUCGCGGGCCUGCGCCUCGUGACCGAGAAUGGCACCUUGAUUUUUCCGCCCUUCGCGCCUGAGGAUUACGUCAGCGCCGUGCACGAGGCGACCUACAGGUGCAUCGCCAGGAAUCGUGUAGGCGCCAUAAGGAGCCCAAACAUACAGGUGAACGCAGUGAUCAUCCAGGCCUACACGGUGGAGCUGCACGACAACCACGUGAUGCGUGGCAACACCGCUGUCUUCAAAUGUGCCCUGCCUGCUUACGUCAAGGAUUACGUCGAUGUGACGUCAUGGUCCCGGUCAACCAAUCCCCUGACUUCCGAUGGACGAUUCAGCAUUCUACCGACAGGUGAGCUCCACAUCCGGGACGUUCGGGACGAGGAUGGGACGGGGUACCAGUAUCGCUGCUCCACCAAAAACAGACUUACCGGGGCCGUGAAAGUCAGCCGCGCUGCUCGUCUCAACGUAGCGAACCCGACCAAUACUGUCCCCGAGAUGAUAAACAGCCGUCGGGAGUACGUGGGUGAAGUCGGGGACGCCGUGGAAUUACCUUGCGUGGCCAGCGGGUACCCGAUACCCGCUUACCACUGGAAGAAAGACGGGGAACCAGUGACCCUGGACGACCGGCUGACGCUGAACGGAGGUAACCUGCUAAUAACCAUAGUAGAGUUGGAUGACGACGGCGUGUACGAGUGCGAGGCUACCAGCGAUUCAGGCAGCGUGACCGCCAGCCGCCAUCUCACCAUCCGAGAGCCCUUGGCCGUGUACUUCUACCCGCAACGCCGCAGCGUGGACGUGGGCGCCUUCGCCAACUUCAACUGCACCGUCAGCGGCUACCCGAUCGAGCGGGUCACGUGGUACAAGAACGCCCGGCCAUUGGACGGCGACGACCGCGUGACCAUCUUCGACAACGGCACGCUGGAGGUGUCGGACAUGACUCGAGAGGACCGGGGCAUGUACCAGUGCGUGGCCAGCAACAGCUGGGAGACCAAAGAGGCGACCAUGCAGCUAUCAAUGGGGGCUGCCAAACCAAUCUUGCUGGACCACUUCACCAACGAGACCCUCCAGCCUGGACCCAAUCUACAACUGUCAUGCACGGUCGCUGGAAACCCCGCCCCCGACGUCACGUGGUACCGUGACGACGCACCCAUCCCGCCAAUCAGCAGGUACGCCUACAACGUCGUCAUCAACGCGGACGGGGACGUGGUGAGCUACCUUAACAUUACAGGCUUGCGGCCGAUAGAUGGCGGGCUUUACCGGUGCGAGGCGACCAGUGAGAUUGGUGUUGCGAGCCACGAGGACAGCAUUUUUGUUAUAGGGCCGCCCUAUGUCCGUCCCCUCCCCAACAUCACCGCCGUGGCCGACCGCGAUCUUACCGUUCACUGCCGCGUGGUGGGCUACCCGAUCCAGUCCAUCACCUGGUCCAAGAGGGGCCUGACCCUUCCCACCAACAUCCGUCAGACAGUCUUCCCGAACGGGACCCUGGUGAUAGGCAGCGUGGAGCAGGGACGGGACGAGGGGGAGUAUGUCUGCACGGCACGUAACAAACAACAGAUGGCCCACUCCCAGAAGUUCACGCUUGCCGUUCACAUCCCGCCGGAGAUUGCCCCCUUUUCGACCCCGCCCCUCCCCCAGGGCCAGAGGACCCAACUCCUCUGCACCAUCCCGCGGGGAGACGUCCCGAUAACUAUUUCAUGGCUGAAGGACGGCGGGCCGAUUCCCCCUGGCAUCGGAAUCACCCAGAGCCAGACCGCCUUCAGUAGCUCGCUGCUGAUACUGGACGCGUCGCCGGUGCACGACGGCAACUACACGUGCGUGGCCAGUAACAUGGUCGCAACGGUGAACUACACAACGGAGCUGGUUGUUCUGGUUCCUCCUCGAUUUGUCUUGCAACCCGAGGACACUUCUGUCGUGCUGAACCACACUGUGUACAUCCCCUGCGUAUCCGACGGUAAACCCAAGCCGGUCGUCAUGUGGAAGAAAGCAGCAGGGCCGGGUGCCUCAAACUUUGUGGACCUUCCGGAAGAUCCCAGGAUCUGGGUAACCGAAAACGGUUCCAUGGUGAUCGAGGAGGUGGAGGAGGAGGACGGAGGUUUCUACCUCUGCCACAUCUCCAACGACGUCGGCAGUGACAGCAAGACGGCAAAGCUCUCCGUAUACCUUCCCGCCAGAUUCGAAAACCACGCCGAGAACAUCACCUUGGACGCGGGCCAAGACGUACACAUGGACUGCCUGGCCACCGGCCACGACCCGCUUGAAAUUCAAUGGCGGAAGGACGGCGCCCUCUACACGAGGCUUGAGCUGGCGGGAAAAUUCGAGAUCCAGACCAUCGUGGCUCGCAACGCGCUGCGGUCCGUGCUGAGCCUGUUCAGUGUGGCCCGUGAGGACACCGCGGUCUACACCUGUCACGCGGAGAACGCCUACGGGACGGACGAGCGGACGAUCCGCCUGUGGGUUCUUGAGCCACCGGAGCCGCCGAGCAAUCUUAGCACUUUGGCCAUCACGAGCCGGAGUGCCACCUUUGGUUGGCGACCUGAAUUCGACGGGAACAGCCCCCUUACUGGCUUCACGCUUGAGUACAAGAACGGAAGUGAUGCCUGGCAAGGUGGGCUGCCCACUGCGCAUGUGCCAACCAACGUCACCAGGUUCCAGUGGACCAUAGCCAAACUGCAUCCUUACAACACGUACCACGUGCGCAUCUACGCGUUCAACGCCAUCGGCAUCAGCGAGGCCAGCAGGGAAAUACUGUUCACCACGGACGAAGAAGUUCCGUCCGGACCGCCUUUGAAUAUUGAGUUCGAGAGCCACACGUCACAGUCUAUAACCAUCACGUGGAGGCAACCGCGUGCGGAUCUGCAAAAUGGCGUCCUGCUCGGAUACCAGAUCCGCUACAAGGACCGCGACUCGCCGUUCCAGACCAUAUCAAUCCCCGUGGAGACUGGUUACAUCGAGAGCUACACGCUGAAACACCUGAGGAAGUUUGGGGAAUAUACCAUCCAGCUGGCCGGCUACAACCGCAAGGGCAUGGGCCCCUGGUCGCCGGAGAGGAAUAUAUUUACACUAGAAGACGUACCAAGCGAGCCACCCCGCACCGUAAACGCCAUACCGACUGGGCCAACCAGCAUCAUAGUCAUGUGGGACAGUCCCGCCUCCGAAGAUUCACUCAACGGCAUCCUGCAAGGGUAUCGGAUCUACUACGAGCCCGUCAGGGAGGACGAAGAUGAAACUGAUACGCAGGUCUACGAGACUCUUGACCUCACCGCGCACAUCUACAAUCUGCAGAAGUUCACCAACUACAGCGUGGAGGUGGUGGCGUACACGAGGGUAGGGGAAGGAGUGAGAAGCCCCAUUAAGUACGUCCGAACACAGGAAGACCUUCCUGGUGCCCCUGCUGAUAUCAAGGCAUAUGCUGCCUCGCCUACCAGCGUCAUGGUUGCUUGGUUACCGCCCCUCUCCAUCAAUGGCAUCCUCCUGCACUAUUACCUCAACGUGAAGUUUAUGGAAGGAGAGAACGAGGUCACCAGAGAGUUGGAACUUGACCCGGAUGUACAUCACUACAUGGUCAACGACCUGGAGACCAAUCACGAAUACGACUUUUGGGUCCGGGGCAAGACCGUCAUAGGGAAAGGGGAGUCUAGCCGCGUCGCUACAGAAAUCCCCAUGACUAGAGUUCCUGCUCGAGUCAUGUCUUUCUCCAAGAUGAUAACCACGACCUGGAAGGAUGACGUCACGAUGGACUGCCUGGCCGUAGGGGAGCCAACGCCCACCAUUGAGUGGAAAAGAAAUCGAUCAGUUCUGGAGCAGAACGAGCGAAUGCAAGUCCUCUCCAACGGCUCCCUGACGAUCCGGAACGUCCAGCCAUCCAACGCGGGCAACUACUCCUGCAGGGCGUCCAACAUGUGGGGAGCACCUGACGAAAUCACGGUGGCUCUGUACGUCGUAGUCCGUCGGCCAAUCGGAUCUCCCCCGUAUGCACCCAUUCUGUCGGUGGGUGCUCGGACGGCCAACUCGAUUGAGAUCAACUGGCGGUCGGGAGGAAACGGCGGAAGUCCGAUACUGGCAUAUCAAUUGAACUUCAAGAGGGAGCAUGAGCAAUCAUGGACGCGGGUCAACAUCAACUCCACGCUAAGGAGCUACCGGGUCACCGAUGUCCUCUGCGGGACACCGUACACGUUUUUCAUGACUGCCGAGAACAAACUUGGGGUGGGCAAGCCGAGUGAGGAGCGGGAGGUGCGAACGACGGGAGAAAUUCCCAUACCGCCCUCAACCGACAAGAUUGCUCCGUACUCAAACGCAACCAGCAUUACCUUAGUCCUGAGUAGCUGGGGCACCGGCGGAUGCCCGAUCCGUUCCUACAGCAUCCAGUACCAGCACUUCGGAGACGAGAACUGGGUACCAGUCUCCAGUAACAUACCGCCCUCCACGGCCAGGUACAUGGUGGAGGAGUUGCACCCAGUGUCGUGGUACGUGUUUCGGGUCACGGCCGUCAACGGCGCCGGGCCGAGCGUGUACGAGUUCCGCAUAGCCACAACUGCCUACGGGGGAGGUACUGCUGCACCCAUCGAUGUCAAAGUGGACCAGAGCACCGACGACAACCAGCUCCUGUUCUACGAGAACCCUCUGCUCUUCGGCCCGGUCCUGGGCGGCAUCACCCUGCUGCUCAUCAUCCUCUUCAUCGGUCUCUUCGUCUUUAGCUCCCGCAAGCACCGCAAGGCCGUGCUGAAGAAGGCGGCCGUCAAGGAGGCCGAGACCACGCGACUGGAGAAUAACAAUUUCCCCACCAAUGGCCGGAGAUAUUUCCGCACGAUGGAGGGCGCACUAGCAUCCGAGCAGGAGCCAUUCUUGAACGGGGGCGUGGCCCCAAUCAACAACCUGAGCAGCAUUACUGGGGCGACGCCCUGGGUUUUCAACAGCAACUCUGACUUCGAUGUUGAGGUUCUAGAGGGCGCCGUCGGAGGUGACCCCUACUUGACCUACAAUCCCGACGACUCGUCGGAUGUGCUCUUCCCAAGCAUGAGUACCUUCCGAUCCACGGGGUCCGAUGACGUCAGCCUUGGCGACCUGGGACCGCAUGGUGGCGCUGCAGCCGGCGGCGACAGACUGUACGACCUGCCGCCUGAUUCUGAAUACAUAGUUGCCCCUGGUAAUCGUGCGUCCAUGUCCUCCAGUCACGACUACGCAUGCCUAGACGACAUCCGACCCCACAUGGUUCCCGCCGUGCCUAAUCGCCCGCAGAAUGUGUACUGCGGGACACCAGCGGGGACAACCCGCCAAACUCCUCCCCACACGCCGGGCGGUGCCUCCCACGGUAGAAGACGAGUCACGUCCAAGCGAGGCAGUCAAGCCUCCAUCUGCACCACCGCCUCCGUGAGCGAGGAGCUGGCCUCGGCCUACGAGAACGCCAUCCAGAUCGAGCGGGCUCGCAGACGCCGCCCUCCCUCGGUUACCUCCCCGAGCGCAUUGUCGCACCCGGAGAACUACGACUACUCUACGGCCAGCGACAUCGAGGCCGGCAUACGGCACUUCACAGCCUCCCCGCCCCUCCCGUCCGUGCCGGAGAGGUCGGACAGCUACAUUCCGCACCGUACUGUGUCGUACGUCAAAGAGGGUGCCCGGCCUAGGGAGUACAAUCGCCGGGUCAGCACCACCUCUCCCCACCCGAGCGAGACCAGCGAGUCGGAGCAGGACCGGGGCCGGUUCCACGCCCAGGUGUACCGGCCGUCCCGCUACAAGGCCAACAGACGGGGCAGGAAAGGUUACAUGGCCUCCAGGCCGGUGAUCAGAGCCAGCAGGGGACCCGCGAGGAGACAGCGACAAUUCGACAGCCGCAGCAGCACGCCCAGCUCGAGUUCGCCGGAUUUCAGCGGAUCGCGGCGUCAGAUCGGCGUGCGGCACGACCCGUCCAGCCCGUCCGAGGGGUACAUCUCGCUCCCCUACGACAGCUUCAGCGCAGCCCCUAGCGGCGUGACGGACAGUGACACGGAGCCGAGAUGGAAGGGGUACCAUUACAGGCGGAAACCACGGGAAAAGGGUUCCAUGAGCGAGCCCGAGCGAUGGUUCGCCAAGAAGCCGCCCCUCCCACCGGCCCAUCGGCAGUCGGCCACGCCCAUCCCCAAAGUGAUCCACCCGGACACCAAGUACCACGUCCCAAACUACUCCAUUGUGAACAAGGACCGGACGAUAUACGCCGAACAGAGGUGGGGCAGCAGGGAGCAGCCCAGGUGGAAAGAGGACGUGAUCAAUGCAGGAGACUGCAACCCCCAAGUGGGGUCGGACGACCCUCAUUUGGGGCAGGAGACCAAUUCGGACAAGUCUUCGUUUCCUUCCUGCUCGCCCCCGCCGCCUCCACCUCCCCCCAUGCGGAGGCACAGCCCGGACGGCAACGACCACUGCACGGAGGAGAUUGAAAUCCACGUGCUGUCCUCCACGACAUCUACAGACUCGCCAUCCAAUUACAGGGACGAGUUUACUAUUGUAUAACCAAGGAUUUUAAUAUAAUCAACGGUUUACCUAGGGAGUUAGCCAGCAAUUAAUGGACGGUGACGACCACUGCACGGAGGAGAUUGAAAUCCACGUGCUGUCCUCCACGACAUCUACAGACUCGCCAUCCAAUUACAGGGACGAGUUUACUAUUGUAUAACCAAUGAUUUUACUCUUAUCAACGGUUUACCUAACUAGUUAACCAGCAAUUUAUGGACGGUAGCGAU